AUGCAGAACGGCCUGGGACCAGCGUGCAUCUUCUUGCGCAAGAACAUUGCUGACAAGCAGAGGCAACGUGAACUGAGUGGAGAUGAAAUUGAAGAACUCUGUGAAGCCUUUCAGGAGUUUGACAAGGACAAAGAUGGAUACAUCAGCUGCAAAGAUCUGGGUAACCUCAUGAGAACAAUGGGGUACAUGCCAACCGAGAUGGAACUCAUAGAGCUGUCUCAACAGAUCAACAUGAAUCUUGGGGGACACGUAGCUUUUGAUGACUUUGUAGAGUUGAUGGCCCCAAAAUUACUGGCAGAAACAGCAGGCAUGAUUGGCGUUCAAGAGAUGAGAGAUGUCUUCAAGGAGUUUGACACAAAUGGGGAUGGCAAGAUCACCUUGAUUGAACUGCGUCAGACCAUGCAACGGUUGAUGAGUGAGACAAUGACCCCUCAAGAGAUUAACGAUAUGGUGAAGGAUGCUGACGUUAAUGGAGACGGGACUGUGGAUUUUGAAGAAUUUGUCUGGCUGAUGUCACGCUGAUGCAAUCAUCGGCCUUCCUCUACUUUCAAGGAGUGAAAAUACACACCGCACUUUAAAAAUAAAUAAAUAAAUGCGCAUUCUUUUAGUUCUUGAGUUUCAAAAACAAAAAAAAAGUAUGCUUGCACAAUUUGGUGUACCCUAUAGUCAUAUUUUAAUCUGCUUCAAUAAGGCGGCUUGUGAAAAUCCUACCUUUAUUUUCCACUCAAUGUCACCAACCAGAGAGGGCUGGACUGGACACCAAAUCCUGUGUUUAAAAUCUAAAGAGGCAAGGUUAAGAAAGUGGGCAGAUGCCUC